AUGCGAAAUGCACACAACAUAAAACUAUCAACUGGCUGGCCGCGUGUAACUGGAAGAGCCCACUCUGAUCUGAUUGUGAUUUUAACCGCGAUCGCGUCAAGAGAGCAAUUCUUAGCGCGAUUUCAUUCAUUCAUUGUUGGCCCGAAAAUUUGCCCAUUGCUCUUUGAUUGUCUCUUUGAUUUGUUCUUCUCAUUCACUUUGUUUUUGGAAAUUGUUAUUGUUUUGUUUUUGUUCCUGGUUCAUCUUUGCCGUCGUUGCCGCCAACUUGAAAGAAUUGAACAAUUUGGGCAUAUUUGUGAUACAAGUGGAGUUAAAUAUGCAGGAAUUUACCACAGCAGCUCUGUGAUUCACAGUUUGCAUCAUUGGCUGUUGCAAUGUGCCGUCGGUAAUGCUAAUAUUGAUCUUAAAGAACAUAUCCUAAUAUGCAAUUGGAUAAUGUUCUUACUUCAAAUUGCCGAUAAUUGGAGUUUUCUAGGAACGCAUAAAUCUUGUCAUAUAACAACAACAACAACGCGGAAGUGGUUGUUGUUACCCCAAUUCAACUCUGGAAUCUCUAUAAGCAGUCAUGUUUUCUUAAAGGCCAACCACAGCUCAAAACCUAUCACAUAACCCGAAGUCAUAACAAGCCAUAUUAAUUAGCAUUAGAACCACGCAGCAUACCAUGUCUGGAGCUGCGAAUCGAAUGCGAACGCUAUUGCAUCAGCAACAAGAACAACAACACCAAUUAUCACCUAUACAGACGAAUUUUUAAGAAUUUUAAUGAUUCCAGACCAGCCAUAUAGACUACGAUUUUGCUUUAGCAGACCAAAUUUCUACAUUUGAGAAGGAGGAUAUCGAAGACGAUUCUAGCCGAGUCGUAUAGUGCCAUUUAACCGUAACCGUAAUAAUACCAAAACCUAAAUAAUAAUGGAUGAAGAAGAAGUAAGUAUCCAUUUAAAUUGGCCACCUCCUAUUGCUGAGGAAAGGCCAACAAAAAAAUCGCCUAAUAAUUAUGAUAAAAUGUAAGUGAAACCACAAACAAAAAUUGAGUUCUCUUUGUUGUCCACGAAAAUCAAAUAAUCGACAAAGACCACAUGAACUUCCAAAUAUCCUAAAUUUUCCAUCGUCUUGAAAAAUUUGUUGAGUAUGUUCUACAGCUGCGUGUAAGUCAUAAUUAUGAAUUUGCAAAAUAUAGGCAUCAAUUACACAUUGGACAACAACCUACUUAAUUAUUGACAAUUAUUUGACAAUGAAAGAAAUAUUAAAACACACAUAAAUUAAAGGUUAAUAUUUACAUAUUUUACAGCAGUAAUUACAUAUGCGUAGAAAAAAUUUUUGCUGUGUUCCGGAAAAGAUUUAAGAAUUGAAGUCAUUUUGAAAAAUACUAUAUUGCUAGUGGAUAACAUUUAAAUGUAUAUUGACUCAUAUUAAUACCAAUGGUACAACAAUUUUCUCUGUGAUAGGGGCGUCAUGUUAUUUUAAAUGUUAUUAAAUGUUAAUUUUAGAAGAUAAAGUUUUUCAUGCUGCAGAAGGCCUUUUGCAUUUGGACAAAUACGAUUGAAUUUGAUGUAUGAAAAGUCAUAUGAUGAGACAUUUAAUGAAAUGUUUUAAAAUAUUAGAAGGCGGAAUCAACUUGGGAAACUUGCUUUAACCUAAAUAUAAUACGGGACUGUUAAAGAUAUCAAAACCCUUGGGGCAAAAGUCUUUCAAUAUGACUGUUUUAACAUUAAUAUUGACUAAUUCAUGAAGGAAUCAGUUUGACAAUGACUGUAGAAUGAUGGGUUGAAAUAAUGCAGACCUUGUAUGAGAUGAAAACGUUCUCGUGCUAUCGAAUAUUGGUUUCAAAAAUGAAAACGAAGGCGAUUUUUUAGGUGACUUGGAUAAUAAAAACUAAAGUGAUUUGUUUAUGACCAUAAAUUUCCUAUAACUAAUAAAUUGUUAUCAUUAAAUUGAUUCAACAUAGGCUUCAAUUACUUAAAUUACGUUAAAGUGUAUAUGACAUUUACUGAAUUUCUUUAGGUUUUUAGGAUACUGUUUAUUAUUAUUUUCAUACAUAAAUACAUAGAUGUAUGAUACAUGAGCCAAAUUCUGAGUGCUCCACUGGAUGUUGUUUCAAGCUUUUACCAAGUUUAGAGCUUCUUCAUGGUUACUUUAAUUUUUAAAAUAUGUCAAAAAUUCUCAAUCGGAUUGCAAUUCUCUUCAAAUGUUUUAUCGUCUUAAAAAAAGUAAUGCAAUCGAAAGUCAGUUGCCCAAGUAUCAAAUAGUUUUCGUUAUAUCUUGUCGUUUAAUGUUUACAGAAAGCAAUAUCCGACUAUACAGGUUCCACAAUGUCUGACCGUCCGGUUUAACAGUAUUUUUUGAACCUCGGAUAUACCAUCUGAAUCUGUUAACUCAUCUUAAAACAUUUCGUUUCUCCAAUCAUUGGGUUUGGGUUUUUUUUUUCAUGCUGAGUCCAAAAUCAGGCAAACCAUUUUUGAUUUAGUUUAAAUCCCUUCAACUAUGGUCAUAAAGAAUCUCUUAGUGUCAUUGUGGAGUCAUAAUAAGUAUGAUUUAAAAACAUUAGCAUUGCGUACUCUUUCCGCAGUUGGUAAUAUGGUGUUGAUGGUAAAUCUAUGGGUUCAUUAUUUCUAAAAGAAAAUUUUAAGUUUGUCACAAAAAACUUGAAGAUAGGAAAGACAAUCAAAAAAUUGGUUGAUAUUCGCAUGUAAUAAAAUAAGAUGAUGCAAAUUAGUUAUACCUCAAAACAAUGGUUAUUAUUUUACAAAUAAUUACAACAAUAAAAGAAUUAAUGCGGCAAUAACUAUUAAAAAAAAAAAUUCUUAACACUCAAACAUAUUUUAAAAAUAGUCGGUAAAAUCGACUAUGUAUUUUCAUUUCAACACAUAUAUACAAUUAAAUAUUUUUCCCAAACAUGUUUAGCACCUCGACGAAAUGUUGUUACUUCCUUCUAAAGUAAUAGUCGGCUUAGUCGACUAUAUAUACGUACAUAUAUAUAUAUAUACAUAUAUUUAAU